UCGGGAGAGGCGGGGCGCCCUUCCACCCCCUGUGGCCGGGCUGGGCGGUGCCGGGGGCUGGCUGCAGGCGGAGGAAGAGUCCAGGAUAUUCCUGAAUGAACGUCUCCAUCAUCACCCCACACCUCCGCCCGGCGCCCGCCUCCCUCCCGCCACUCGCCGGUGUCGCUUCGAGGCGCAGCCAGUUUCUAUAGCGACGGCGCUGAUCCGCGGCUCUUCCGAGUAGUAACAAAGCCGCCCGCCCGCUGCCGCGCCGGAGCUGAAAGGGGACGAGGCUCCCUCUCCCGAAGACACCCCGCUCGCUUGCGGCGCCCGGACAGGUACGGAGCGAGGGGCUCUUUCUUCAGCGGCUGCCACCCGCCCCCUGCGCGGUCGGGCCAUCGCCAUGUGGCCGCGGUGCCCCAAGCCAGGCGGCGGGGCGCGGGGACCUGCCGCGGGGUGACGGCUGCGGGAGAGGCUGGGCGGCGGGCGUCGUCUGAGAGGAGGAGAAGGACGCGUCCGCGCCCGUGGCACCUGAUAGGGGGGAGCGGGGAGGAGUGCCGCAGGACAAAUUGAACAGAGAACCUACCAACGAUGAAUCAUCUGGUUUUGUUAGUAGUCAGACGCUUUGGUCAUGGAUGGAUGGAUGGAUGGAUAGAUGCAUGAAUAGAUUGAGCCCAGAGCUGUAAGCCAGCCUGGCAGCUAGUAGACUUUUCAGGAAAUAAAGUUUGAAGCAAAUGACCUCCAGAGGUUCCUUCCAAUCCAAAUUACUCUGUGAUUUUGCCACUUGAAUGCAGGAAUUAGUGGAUUAUGUUCCAUGAUCUCCACUGCACAGGAGGGUGGUUUUUCUUAGGGUGCACUUUCUGAGAGUCUUCCAGAAGCAGAGAAGGAUAAAUAUGGCUCAGAAGUCCUCAAGUAAUACUGUAAUCAUUUGACUCUAGAGGAGACACUAGAACUGGAUUUUAUUCAAUUUCACAGAGCUCCUUCUGUCAAGAAGCCAAGCCUAAGGAAAAAGUCUGAAGGGUGCUUCAGGCCUGAACAUGCGCCCAGAAGUAGCACUAGUCUCGGGGCAACCUCUAGUGACCAUUGUGCCUUCAGAAAUACCCGGAGGAUAUAAUAUUUUAGCUCAGCAGCAGCAGAUUCCUGUGUACUUUAGGAAUGAUGUAGGAUGGGAUGACAUAUACAUAAAUCCAUGUCUUACAGUCUGUUCAGUUCUCAGAAGAGCUUCUAAAGGACAUAAGCACUAAAGCAGAGAAGCAGAACUAAGUAUUUGAGAAACUUGCCAUAAACCACCCAUUCUACCAAAAAGGAGAAUGCGUAACCUUUCGCUAAAAGAAUAGUAAGGUCAUGAGUUCUAUCGCAAAAUAUAUUCUCACUGGAGUAGAUAAUUUCUUGGUUUCAGAGUCAUGAAGGAAAAGCCAUUGGCAGUGAGAAAACAGUACCAGAGAAAAUGCUAAAACAGCCCAAGUAAUCAGGUUGUGAAACAAUUAAAAAUCAUUUUAAAAGGAAUGAAUUCUUUUUUACCCAUGUGGAGAAGAACAGGCAUUUCUUGCAUUCCCUGCAAGUGAAACUUUGCAAGAAGUUCUUUUUCUUGGAAAAUGGAUGCCUGGCUCAGAGUAAAGGACAUGCAGUACACAGCCCUUAGCAGAAGCUGAAAAUGGAUGAUGCCUACUGACGCUUUCGACAAUGUCACCUCCUCUUUUCCUGUUUGAGAUGGGUGAUGUGAUCACCAGGAAAAAGUUCUGAAAGAAGCCUAGAGUGACCUCUUCAUCCAUUGACUUCUCUUUCUGCAAGUCUAAAAACCAUCAGAAGAAAUGACCAGUCAGCUACCAGAGGAGUCUGUGGAAAUCCAGAGCUCAGAUGAGCUCGAGUGCAAGAUCUGUUACAACCGCUAUAACCUGAGACAGAGGAAACCGAAAGUGCUGGAGUGCUGUCACAGAGUAUGUGCCAAAUGCCUUUGCAAGAUCAUAGACUUCGGUGAUUCCCCACAAGGAGUCAUAGUAUGCCCGUUUUGCAGGUUUGAAACAUGCCUGCCAGACGAUGAGGUUAGUAGUCUUCCUGAUGACAACAACAUCCUUCUGAAUUUGGCUUGUGGGGGAAAGGGAAAAAAGUGCCUACCAGACAACCCAACAGAGCUCUUGCUGACUCCCAAGAGGUUGGCAUCUCUGGUUAGCCCUUCUCACACCUCUUCUAAUUGCCUGGUUAUAACAAUCAUGGAAGUACAAAGAGAAAGUCCCCCGACCCUGAACUCAACCCCUGUUGUGGAAUUUUACAGGCCUACAAGUUUUGACUCUGUUGCAACUGUGUCCCACAACUGGACAGUGUGGAACUGCACAUCUUUGCUCUUCCAGACCUCAAUUAGGGUGCUAGUGUGGUUGCUCGGGUUGCUGUACUUUAGUUCCUUGCCUUUAGGGAUUUAUUUACUGGUAUCUAAGAAAGUUACCCUUGGGGUUGUCUUUGUAAGCCUUGUUCCUUCGAGCCUUGUUAUUCUCAUGGUUUAUGGCUUUUGCCAGUGUGUUUGCCAUGAAGUUCUAGACUGCAUGUCAUCUUGAUAACAAAUGCAGUAAAAUAAGAUGUAUUGUCACUUGUGUAGCAUAGUUGAUAUGUCCUGUCUUUGUAUUCUUAUUUAUUCUUACUGUUGUCCAUCCCACUAAAUGGAAGCAGUGGCCCUAGUUAUAUGGUCCUUUUUUCUACUUGAUUUGAUUCCCCCCUCCUUUUUUUUUUAAAGCUAAAUAAUGGAAAUAAAAUUUACAUGCUGAUUUUAAAAGGCCAAGUUGUAGGAAAGGAUAAAGCAAAAUUGCCAAACUGGGUGCCUGCUGCUGCUGCCACUAUUCACACGGGUAGCCCUUUGCUUUCUAUUGGCUUGAUCAUGUCAGUCAAGGCUGCAGGAUCCACACUAGAAGAAAUUAAUACAAUAGACACCUUCCAGGUCAAAGUACAGCAUCUCAUGCUUUGGAAUAUCUGUAGUUUAUCAUAUGUUACCAUUUACAGCAAAUAAAAUCACUUUAUUAGUUGAUAUUAUAAGAUGAAUAAGACAAGCUGCCAUUGCUUUUUCACAGUUCUUGUUAUAGCAGAAAUAUUUGUUAGGAGGCCAAUGGUUACAGGUUUUUUGCAUUCUGCAACAUGAGGAAUCUUUUUUUCACCAUGCUAAAGACAUGUCUCCAAAACACUUUCCCCAAACAGAAGCCCACUUGUCAUACAGUUGCAGCUGCCUCUGAAAUACUCUUGCUAAUGAGUACUUCCAGGGACCCAGCCACACAUUUGCUCUUCUCUGGGUGUUCUUAUUUUGGUGUGUAUACACCUUAGGUUUCCCUUUGAGGAUUCAGAGCUCUGCAGAUUUCUGUAGCUAUGUUGUUAUGCUUACCCUCCCCUCUAGCAUUUCCACCACCGCACCACAUCUCCAACCCAUUAGUCCUCCUAACAAAUUGCCUGACCAGCUUCAUGCACAUCUACUCUGUGGUAGCUACACGGGAGAAUUUGGAUUAUGUGGCUUUAACUAUCAAGAUAGACUUUUAUUCCCAACCAUUAGGAAAUGGACCUUCAAUCACUAAGACGGAUCUCAGAAAAAAAAUCUGAAACUGUUGGUUUUUUUCUUUCUGAGUUCACAGAAUGAGCAUUGUAAGGAGGUUCUAUGACUUUGGAAAGGUUUCUAUUUAUCACAUAGUUCUUCAAAAUGUUUAAUACCCUGAGCUCCCUCUGUCACCAUUGUGAGUGGAUGGCACUCUAGGUGUGGCGAUUGGUAUGUCUUGAUCAGUUGAGUUCAGAGGAGUUACUGAUGAUUUACCAUUCCACAAAUAGAAUCAGGCCCUGUAAGGCUUGCUUGUAUCUUGUACGGUUCAGGCUACUUUUUGAACUACUGGAAGAGCACAGAAAAAGGAAAUAUUUAAUGUGUAUAACUAGGUUUAGUCAACACCACAGCUGCAAUCUUGUUUUCCUGUGCACAGCAGGGUUAAAACUGAGGAGCUGAGCAGGGCAAGCAUGGUUUCUGGGUCAGGCACAAGACUCUGUAAUUUCAAGGCAGUGUCAGGGAGAAAGGUUUGUUGCAUGAAGAUUGAAUGUAUGGCCUAACAAUAUAUUCUUAGAGCAGGCUGACUUAAAGAAUGGAAAAUGCCAACGGGAAAAGCAGAGCGUAAGUGGUUGUUGUGUCUGUCAAGGAUUUGAAGUCAAGUUGCUUUAAUUUUUGUAGAUGGCAUGGAUGUUAUCUACAGUUUCAUUCCUAUCGCAAACAUAGGGAAGAAUGUGGAAAUGUAAAGGUCCUGCUUUUCUUGACACUCAUUUUAUAGUAGUCCAUAUAUGUGUGUGUGUAUGUGCAUAUAGACACAUAUGUAAGAAGAAAACUUAAAGCAAAAUCAUAGUUUCCAAGUGUAUGGAGUUAUGGAGCUAUGUAAUGAAUGAUUAAUGGAAAUGUUUUAGGCUUUUCUGUAAUGAUUUGAUAACAAUUAUAACUAAAAUAUUUUCAGAAUUCCUAGAAAUCACUAUUUCUAAGUAAUUGUUUUUAAUGUCUGUGGUAAAGCAUAUAGUUAGAAGAGGUAUCAUCUCCAGUUCUGGUAUAUACUGCAAGGUUUGACUCAUCUAUGAACUCAUAAAAUCUAAGUAUCCAACAACAAUCAUGUGAAAAAGCAAGAAAAAUAGAAACCUAUGUGGUGUUAUCGUACUUCAUAGCUUUGGGAUAAGAUGUAUUUGUAGUGUUAGGGAUUUAUAUGUUUUAGGAUUUGUUCAAUUUGUCUGAAUGUAGUGUCUCUAAUAAAGGGCUGACUAAUA